CUAUGCUGUUGAACUCUGCAUAUGCACUGGAGCUAUGCUCCUUUCCUAAACAGAUGAGAAUGAAGAAUUUAGUGAAUCAUCUUUACAUCCCUAUUGGGGCAAUAUUUGAUGAAUCUGCAAAAAAGGAUGAGGAGGUAUUUCGCAUGGCAGUAUCUGACCUCAACCAAAAUGAUGAAAUCUUACAGACAGAGAAAAUCACAAUUUCUGUGAAUUUUGUGGAUGGCAACAACCCAUUCCAGGCAGUCCAAGAAG